AUGACGAUAGAUGCGCUGAGCGACAACCACUGCACACAGUGUGCAGGAUCUGGAGCUGACGCUCUCACCAUUGGCAGCGACUUCGGGCUUUCAAAGUGGGACGAAGUAGCCUGCGAUUCAGACAACGUCAUUCUGCUCACCGAUUCCUCAAGGGUCUGUCACUAUUUGCAGUAUCCCGAGGAAACCACGUUUAUCUACUCGUACUUUGAAAGUAUAGGGAGCAAGUACGACAAGACGCUGUUCUUCGGACUACAGUAUAUACUGAAGAAGUGGAUGGUUGGUCCGGUGAUCACCGUAAAGAAGAUAAACGAUGCCAAGGAAUUCUUCAGGAUGCACUUCAACCAGGAACUCUUCAACGAGUCUGGAUGGAUGCACAUCGUCGAGCAACACGAUGGCCACCUGCCCCUCUCAAUUAAGGCCGUGCCUGAAGGCAGUCUGGUACCCACACGCAACGUCCUCUUUACCGUGGAAAACACGGACACUGCAGUACCGUGGCUCACCGGAUGGUUUCAGACCCUACUGCAGCAGACGUGGUACCCGACUACAGUGGCCACUAAUGCAUGGCACUACAAGGAGCUUCUGGCCAGGUACCUGCAGGAAACCUGCGGGUCCACGGCUUCUAUACCGUACCAACUCCAUGAUUUCGGCUGCGGCGGCGCUUCUUCUGUCGAAUCUGCUGCCAUCGGAGGCGCGGCCCAUUUAGUCAACUUUCUGAGCAGCGACAACAUAGCCGGGAUUCGCCUCGUCAGCCAAUACUACGGCUUCCCAAUGGCGGGGUACUCUUAUCCUUCGACAGAGCACAGCACCAUGACCCCUUGGGGUCAAGCAGGAGAGACGGCAGCAUGCCGCCAGGUCAUGCACGCGUUCCCCAGCGGGCCGGCCUCCGUGGCCAGCGACGCCUACCACGCGGCGAACUGCUGCGAACACGUCUGGGGCCAGGACCUGCGCCACCUGGUCGAAGCCCGCGCAGAGCUCCACGGCGGCAUGCUCAUCGUCAGGCUGCAGUCCGGCGACCCACCGGAGAUCAUCGUCGAGGUCUUGGAGAUACUUGGGAGGUACUAUUCGGUGACGGUGAACUCGCUGGGUUUUCGCGAGCUGCCACCCUAUGUGCGCCUGAUGCAUGGCGACGGCAUGACGUUGGAGAUGGCAGAAGCCGUGCUGGCUAAUGCCAAAGCAAACCAGUGGAGCGCCCAAAAUGUGCUUCUGGCCAGCGACGGCACACUCAUGCGCGAACCACGAGGACCAGCGCAGCGCUUUGCCUUCCAGUGCAGUGCAGCCACCGUGCGUGGAGAAGAGGUGAUCCUCGGCGGCUUCACUGAGCAUGCGAAUGAGGCAAAAGAAGUACACAGGAACCCAAUGACUGACACUAAAUUGAGUUCCAAGAAAGGGAGACUGACUUUACAGCAUUCCGGCAGUGGGUACAUCACAGUAGAACACGGCCAGGGAAACCCUGAAGAGGAUUGUCUUAUCCAUGUAUUCAAGGAUGGCAAUCUCCUUGUGGAGCAGGCAUUUGAAGACAUCCGAAGACGCUCCCAAGAGCCUUUAGGCCACUUGCUCAGUACAUAGAAUCACACACAC